CAGAAGGUAAAAGUGACAGUGAGCUUUGAAGUGUUCGGGAUUAAUAACUUGGAUUUAAAACUAUAUUAUAUGAUGAUGUGUGAUUUAAAAAGUGAAAUUUGAUAUAAAAUAUAGGAUGCAAAAAUGCCUCAUAAACAGAGACAUGGUUUUGCAGUGGCAGAGCCAAAUGAGUUUGAGAAGUUAUACAGACCAAGUGUGAUACAACAUUUACCUCCCCUGUCUGCUAGAGAACCUGCGCUGAGUGAAAAACCACAGAUAUUAGAGCGUGGAUCGUGGACGAAAGCUGCACCAAUCAAAGAGAAGAAACAUCAUAUACAUGUCAGUGACUCUAUCGGCAAUAACUACAGUCCAACAGCUCAACAUCUUACAUCCUCAUAUAUAUAUGAAAAUUAUAAAAACAGUUUCACAGGAGAGGAAAGCUACUAUCUCACUCCGAGACAGCGCAUUUUCACUCAACCACCACCAAUUGAUGCAAAUGGUGCAUUUUUAACAGUCAGAGCUCCCAAAAAUAUCAUUCCGGAGUAUGCCUCCGUGGAACCUACAAACUGGAUCUAUGGCAUCAAUGGUAGGAGAAGGUCUGCCCCCUCAGUGGCUUUCAGGUCUGACCCAGAGUUCCACGUACGACCCCCAGGGUUCACAACACUACCACAAAUACAGAGCACCUCGGGCCUGGGCAGUGAGAUAGAAACAAAUACAGUUAUUACAAAUGGUCAGCAUUCUGAGCAAAAUGGGAAACCAGUCAAGGAUUCAGGAAAAAGUGUACACAGUCUGUCAGAAAGUGUUGAUUCAGGAUUGGGUAUCUCUGGAGCGUAUGCUCCAGGAAUGACCCCAGUACCAGAAGCUGAAUCACAAAAUGGUGAAGAUAUGGUAGAUGGAGAGGAAUCUGACAACAAGGAAGAUCUAGAUGAUGUGGAAGAAGUGGAGACAGGUGGUUAUUGUGAGAAAUAUGACCGUGACAGUAUAGCUGCACUCCAAGUGGAGUUUCCACCAUUCUACUUCUCCACACAUGGCCUGUCCCGCCCCAGUACCCCGGUAGAGGAUGACACAGAAAGAUAUUACAGUUUGGUAGAGAAAGCUAUAGAACCAAUCAUGAUCUCCCCUGUGGAGGAAGAAACGCUACAGGGAAUCUAUAAGUUUGUGCCAAAACAACUGAGGAUGUGUGUACCACAGGCAGCUAGGCAUUUCCUGCAGGAGAUGGAGGAAGACCGGAGAUAUGCUAUAAAGAAAGCAAUCAUGGACUAUAUACUACUGGACCAGAAAGAACAAACAAGACUGGGUAUUCCAAUACCUCUGAAGCCAUCCAACUCUGCUGGCAGACUUGGCUUUCCUUGGCAUCAGAGGGUAAAUGAGGCACGAGAAUUCAUGCGGAAAGACCUCUACAUCACACACCCUGUCAUGUAUAAUAUACUCUACCACUUCCAUUCAAAAUAUGGAGAUUUUCGGUUGAUAGACAUUCCUGGUUUGCUAGAGAUUAUGCCAAUAACGAUGGAAGAUUUCCUGAAACAUGUGCAAGAGUCUACGAAAGCUGGUGUAGAGAAGUUGAGAUAUGACUGGCUGCCUGAAUGUUGUGCUAUAGUUGAUAUGAGACGAGAGGAAGUGGAACAGUGGAUGCCACAAGAUAAUGAGGUGUUACGACAAGAGAAGAUGGAUCAUUUCUUCAACAGUAUUGCAAUGUUGAUGUCUAACUUGUUACGUUACACUGUGUGUAACUCCAUCAAGGACCUCCUAGAUCUUGUAGAGGACUACCAUGAAGGAAAUAGUUAUGAGGAUGAUUACAGUAUAUUUAAAGGCCUUGCCUUGCCACAAAAGUUACAUCCUGUCACAAUAUUUAUGAAAGAGGAUAUGGAGAAUGUGGAGGUGACCUUCAAGCCAAAGUUCCCAGAUACCUGUGAUUUCUUCUGUGCUAUAAUAGACUUCAUGGUGAUCAGUGUAGCAGAGUUACCAAGGAUCGAACAUCUGUUGUUUGAAGCUGUGGAGGACCUAGACAUAUCAGUGAUAAAGACUGUACAGAUAGAAGAGGAACUUGUAAUUGAUGCAAAAGAUAGAAUCAAAACUGUUAUCUAUGCAAAUAGCCAUGGACCACUAAAGUAUCGGUCUUUGUACGAGCCCUACAAGCACCUGAUAUCGGAGGAUGCUGACAAACAAGUGGACAAGUUUCUCAGUCGUGACCGCUCAUUGCGGGAAUACACACGUGAGAUAGAGAAACUGAAGAAAAUGGAAUUUGAUAUCGCAUCUUUUCCUGUAUUUGUACCGAUGUAUUUCUUCCUGUUAGACUGUUCGCACUUAAACCAGUGGAUGGUUGACAGAGCACGACACCUUGUGAAGAGAAUGGUUGACAAUAUUAUGGUAACCAGUGAGAAAUUUAACCGUAAUAUCUGUAAACAAUAUGAUGCUAUUGUGAAGAACAUUACCCGACAGUCCGAGAGGACAGACGAGCUGGUCGCACAGAUGAAAUAUGUAGAAGGACUCAGAGCUGGGGAACUUCUUAAACUUAAGGAGAAGCAGGAAGUUGCUGCUGGGAACCUCAUGUUCUUGAUGCAUUAUGGGUAUCUCCCUAAAGAUGACAUUCUGUUGAACAACAAUACAUUCUCCUGGGCUGAGAGGAUCAUACCUAUGAUAACAAGCACGGAGCUGAAGUUACAAAAAGAACAUGACUACUAUUCUAACAAACUGAUAGAUUGGCAGAAACGUUUCCAAACACAGCUAGAUACUGUUGCUAAGCAACUGAAAGAUUUCUCAGGGAAAGAUCGAAUGUCAGAGGCUGAAGUGUACACUGCAGAGCUCAAAGACAUACAGGAUAAGAUAGAGUUUUUCCAAGAGGAGAAAACGCUGAUAAACCGUGAGGAACAGAUGCUUGGAGUAGAACAUAUCACACAGUAUCCUCAGAUACAGGACUUCAUUGCACAGAAAGAACCAUUUGACAAGCUGUGGACUACAGCGGUACAUUUCCACGCUCAGUAUGAUAAAUGGAUGAAUGGUCCACUGCUGAAUGUGAAUGCUGAAGUUGUUGAGGAGGAGAUUCAAACAUUAUGGAAGACAGUGUACAAACUAAUGAAGAACUUCAGUCAGAAACACCACCAGGGUCCAAUGAGAGCUGCUGCCACCAUCAAGAGCAAACUGCAGAAGUUCCAGAUCAAUCUACCACUGAUAAAUUCUCUCUGUAAUCCUGGCAUCAAACAGAGACAUUGGGAUAUGAUGUCAGAAAAAGUUGGGUUCAAUAUGGCCCCUACAGAGGAGACACCAUUAAUGGAGGUGUUACAGCUUGGACUGGAGAAAUAUCUUGAUAAACUACAGUUGAUCAGUAACCAGGCUAGCAAGGAAUUUGCUCUAGAAAAUGCAUUGAAGAAGAUGAAGGAGGACUGGAAGAACAUGCACUUCAGUUUUGUACAGUAUAAAGAUACAGGCAUCAGUAUACUAGCAGCACCAGAUGAUAUACAGGUGUUACUUGAUGAUCAUAUAGUGAAGACCAUGACUAUGAAAGGAUCACCAUUUAUUGGACCAUUUGAAGAGGAAGUCAAUGAAUGGGACUUGUUUCUGCACAGAAUGAAGGACACUCUAGAGUCUUGGUUGAAUGUUCAGGCAGCCUGGCUGUACCUGGAGCCAAUCUUUGGGUCUGAAGACAUAAGGAGUCAGAUCCCAGUGGAGGGUCAGAUGUUUGUCGAGGUCGAUGAACACUGGAGAACUAUAAUGAGCAAUGCAGUGAAGAACACGGAAGCUUUGGUUGUUGUAUCUCAGGAUAAUAUGCUUGAAAAACUCAAACAUUCUGAGUCCAUGUUGGAUGAUAUUCAGAAAGGAUUGAAUAAUUACCUAGAGAAGAAGAGACUAUUCUUUCCCAGAUUUUUCUUCCUGUCCAAUGAUGAGUUACUAGAGAUCCUAUCGGAGACAAAGGAUCCACUACGUGUACAGCCUCACUUGAAGAAAUGUUUCGAGGGAAUAUCACAGUUGAGCUUUGACGUAGACAAAGUUAUCACAGCGAUGGAAUCUGCAGAGAAUGAAGUAGUUCCGUUUGCUAAAAAAAUAGUUCCAGCACAGGCCAAAGGUCUUGUUGAGAGGUGGUUGCUGCAGGUUGAGGAAGUGAUGAAGUUAAGUUUAAAGGAAGUUAGUUUAAAGGCAACUGAGGCAUACCCAAAGAUUCCUCGAGGUGAAUGGGUGUUACAGUGGCCUGGACAGAUUGUACUGGCUGCCUCACAGAUACACUGGACUACAGAGGUCACUCAGUCUAUCAAGUACCACAGCCUGGGUCCCUAUCUACAGAAGAGUAACAAACAGAUUGAGGAGGUUGUUACCAUGGUGAGAGGCUCACUCUCCAAGAUGGCUAGAAUCACACUGGGGGCCCUCAUUGUCAUUGAUGUCCAUGCUCGAGAUGUUGUACAGAAUUUGACAGAUAUAGACAUACAGAAUCCCCUGGAUUUCUCUUGGAUCUCCCAGCUCAGGUACUAUAAGGAGGAGGAGGGUACCAUGGUCCGUAUGAUCACCACCACUGUGGCGUAUGGAUACGAGUACUUGGGUAACACCGGAAGACUGGUGAUCACACCUCUCACUGAUAGGUGUUACAGGACACUGAUGGGGGCACUGUUGUUGAAUCUUGGAGGGGCUCCUGAAGGGCCAGCUGGCACUGGGAAAACGGAGACUUCCAAAGAUCUGGCUAAAGCUGUUGCCAAACAGUGUGUUGUGUUCAACUGCUCUGAUGGUCUUGAUUAUAAAGCUAUGGGAAAAUUCUUCAAGGGCCUGGCACAGUCUGGGGCAUGGGCAUGUUUUGAUGAAUUCAACAGAAUUGAACUUGAGGUAUUGUCAGUGAUAGCCCAGCAGGUACAGACUAUACAGCGGGCUAUUGCAGAACAGCUACAAACUUUCGUGUUUGAGGGAACAGAGAUUUCUCUUGACCCUACGUGUACAAUAUUUAUUACUAUGAACCCUGGGUAUGCAGGUAGAGCCGAGCUUCCAGAUAAUCUCAAGGUGCUAUUCCGUACGGUUGCUAUGAUGAUUCCAGACUAUGCCAUGAUUGCCGAGAUAUCUUUGUACUCUAUGGGCUUUGUCGAUGCUCGAAGUCUAUCAACCAAGAUUGUUGCCACAUACAAACUGUGCUCUGAGCAGUUGUCCUCACAACAUCACUAUGACUAUGGUAUGAGAGCAGUAAAGUCGGUGUUGACGGCUGCAGGAAAUCUUAAAAUAAAAUAUCCAGAACAGCGAGAAGACGUCCUGGUACUGAGAUCUAUCAAUGAUGUUAACUUGCCAAAGUUCUUGUCACAUGACAUACCUCUGUUUGAGGGUAUAAUUUCUGACUUGUUCCCUGGAGUAGAACUUCCAAAACCAGAUUAUGAUGCCCUUGAGUCUGCACUAAUCAAACAUAUAGAGUCUCGAAAUCUCCAGGCUGUUCCAUACUUUACAGAAAAAAUCAUACAGAUAUAUGAUAUGAUAUUGGUUCGCCAUGGUCUGAUGAUUGUUGGGGACCCACUAGCUGGGAAAUCAUCAUCUUUCAUGGUGCUAGCUGACUCUCUAGCAGAUCUUCAUAAACAAGGACUCAUGGAAGAAAAUGGAGUAUGGUACAGAAUUAUCAACCCAAAAGCUGUAACUAUGGGGCAGUUGUAUGGUAGAUUUGAUCCUGUAUCUCAUGAAUGGACUGAUGGAAUCCUUGCCAACACAUUUCGAGAGCAUGCCUCAAGCACCACACAUCAUAGGAAGUGGAUUAUCUUUGAUGGUCCUGUGGAUGCUGUGUGGAUUGAAAACAUGAAUACAGUACUUGAUGAUAACAAAAAGUUAUGUUUGAUGAGUGGAGAGAUCAUACAGAUGAAUAACAAACAAAACAUGAUAUUUGAGCCCCAGGACUUGGAGCAGGCUUCACCAGCUACCGUCAGCAGAUGUGGUAUGAUAUAUAUGGAUCCACUACAGCUAGGCUGGCAACCACUUGUCAAGUCCUGGAUGGCAACCAGUCUUCCAGAUUAUAAACUUACUCAGGAACAAAAAGAUACAAUCAGGUUGUUAUUUGAAUGGCUGCUACCUCCAUGUUUGAACUAUGUAAAUAAAUACUGUAAACACAUGCUGACAUGCCACCCCAUGCAUUUGACAAUGAGUAUGCUGAGGCUGUAUACAUGCCUUCUAGAGGAUAUCAAGAAAAUAGGAGAAGAAGAAGAUGAUGAUGAAGAUAUAUUUGAGGAGAUACCUGAGGAAGAGGAGGAGAAGGUGGAGGAGAAACCAACAAGUGUUUCCGAGCAGAAAAUCAUCGAGGAAAAAACUAACAUGAUAAUAUGCUAUUUCUUAUUCUCUAUGGUAUGGUCUGUUGGAGCAACACUUGAUGAAAACUCUCGUAUCAAGUUUGAUGAGUUUUUCAGGUCACUGUGCGAGAUGGAGAGUGUCAAGGACAAAAACCCAAGGAAUGAGGAAAGUGAUAAACCUCCUAGGCCAAAGGAUUUGAAGUUGUCUCGCGGUUUGUUGAUUCCCAAGCGGGGCCUCAUCUAUGACCAUGUCUAUAUAAAGAGACAGUAUGGUUCCUGGCAUCAGUGGAGCUCUUUGCUUACCAAUAUUGACAUUGAUGAACAAACUAAGCUUGAUUUGAAAGAUGAAGAAUUAUAUUCGGAAUACAGCUAUAUAAAACUACCUGAUGUUAUAGAAAGUAUAAAUGAGUUGAUCAUUAACACCAUGGAGACAGAGCGGCAAAAGUACUUCCUAGAACGUUUGUUGUUGAAUGACAAACCCUUACUUCUUGUCGGACCCACGGGGACUGGGAAGAGUGCUAUAACCAACAAUUAUCUCUCGUCAUUGCCCAAGGAUAAAUACAUCAUCAAUAAUGUGAACUUCUCUGCCCAGACGUCAGCCAAUCAGACACAGGAUAUCAUCUUCUCAAAAUUAGACAGGAGAAAGAAAGGAGUGUAUGGUCCCAACCCAGGUAAACAGUUGGUGGUGUUUGUAGAUGAUCUAAACAUGCCAGCGAAAGAGAAGUACGGGGCACAGCCCCCAAUAGAGGUGCUGAGGCAGUGGAUAGACCAGGGAUACUGGUUUGACAGGAAGGACACUAGUAUAUUGAACCUUGUUGAUAUAAGUAUGUUAUGUGCCAUGGGACCCCCAGGUGGUGGUCGUAACAAUGUCACACCGAGAUUUCUGAGACAUUUCAAUGUGGUUAGCAUUCUGUCAUUUGAUGAGGACACAAUGAAGAAUAUUUUUGCUCCGAUUGUUGACUGGCACUUCAGAUCUUUUGAAACUGCACAUCGAAAAUGGUCAAGGAUCAUAGUGUCAGCUACAUUAGAGAUAUAUCAGAAGGCAAUUCAGAACUUCCUACCUUCACCAUCACGUUCUCAUUAUGUGUUCAAUCUCAGAGACUUUGCUAGAGUUGUUCAGGGUGUGUUAUUGUUGAAGUCUGAAGUAGUACCAGAUGGUCAAGAAGGAUCCCAGAAGAUUAUCCGACUGUGGAUUCACGAGGUUUAUCGGGUGUUCUAUGAUAGACUGGUGGACGAGACAGACAGAGAUACGUUCUUUGGCAUGGUUAAGACAUCAGUGGAGGGCCAGUUUAAGGACAAGAUGCCUAGUCUGUUUUCACACAUCACCGGUGAUCCAAAGGCAGAGGUUACUGAUGAUAAUAUACGCAGUUUGUUGUUUGGAGAUUAUCUCAACAAGGGAAAAACAGAGAAACUCUACGAUGAGAUACAGAAUCUCGAUGAGUUGAGAGAGGUGAUAGAACAGUGUUUAGAGGAAUACAACAUGAUGAGUAAAGCUCCAAUGGACCUUGUCAUGUUCAGGUUUGCAAUUGAACAUAUAUCAAGAAUCAGUCGUGUUCUGAAACAACCUAAUGGACAUUGUCUGCUUGUAGGUAUUGGAGGAAGUGGGCGUCAGAGUGCUACAAAGUUAGCUGCAUUUAUGUCUGAUUUUGAGCUCUUCAGUAUAGAGAUAACUAAGAACUACAACAUGCCGGAAUGGCGGGAUGAUCUACGUAAGAUGAUGAGAAAGGCAGGAGAUGAGGGUAUAUCAAUGGUCUUCUUGUUUGGGGAUCAUCAAAUCAAGGAUGUGGCAUUCUUAGAAGAUGUGAAUAUGAUUUUGAACACAGGAGAUAUACCUAAUCUUUAUGACAAUGAAGACAGAUUAGAAAUCAUUGAAAAGAUGCAAGUGAUCUGUCAAAAUGAGAAUUCCCCUCUGGAAAGGACACCAUUGAACAUGUACAACAAGUUUAUAGAGCGUGUGAGACGUAAUCUACAUGUUGUGUUAGCUUUCAGUCCUAUUGGAGAUGCAUUUAGAGCUAGGAUAAGAAUGUUUCCCUCACUCAUCAACUGUUGUACUAUAGACUGGUUUAAGGCAUGGCCUGAAGAUGCACUAGAGCUAGUUGCCAACAAGUUCCUGGAUGAAGUAGAGAUGACAAAUGAAGUACGUGAAGAGACUGUGGUCAUGUGUAAACAUUUCCAUGAAAGUGUCAGGGCACUGUCUGAAAGGUUCUACAAUACAAUGAGGAGAAGGAACUAUGUUACUCCUACCUCAUACCUAGAAUUGAUCAAGACAUUCAAAAAUUUAUUGAACAAGAAACGUCUUGAAAUUCUGACACUGAAAAACAGAUAUCAAGUUGGUCUGGAAAAGCUGGACUUCUCAGAACAACAGAUAAACAUAAUGCAGAAAGAAUUGAUAGAAUUGCGUCCACAGUUGAUACAGACUAGCAAGGAGACAAAGGAGCUGAUAGCUUUCAUUGAGAAAGAGAGUGUAGAAGUGCAACAGGUGAAACAGGUCGUAGAAGUUGACGAGGCAGCUGCCAACAAAGCUGCACAGGAAUCACAUGCAAUAAAGUUGUUACAUCUGCUGUGUAAACCAUUGUUAUAUUUAUUACAGAAUUUGGAAGACAAUAUAGCAUUAACGAAAGUGAAAAUAGAGAGAGCAGAAAAAUUGAUCAGUGGACUGGGUGGAGAGAAGGAAAGAUGGACAAAAAAUGUUGAAGAUUUAAGUGAGACAUAUGAUAACAUAAUUGGUGAUGUUCUGUUAUCUGCCAGUGUAGUAGCAUAUCUAGGACCUUUCAUUCUGGCUUAUAGACAGGAAUGUUUGAAAGAAUGGUAUACCAUGUGUGAGGAGAAAGGUAUACCUCUGUCUGAACAAUUUUCCCUGUCAGGAACCCUCGGUGACCCAGUAAAGAUACGGGACUGGCAAAUAGCUGGGCUUCCUGUUGAUAAUUUUUCUACUGACAAUGCUCUGAUUGCUACAAGUGCUAACAGAUGGCCCUUGAUGAUAGAUCCCCAGGGUCAGGCCAACAAGUGGGUGAAAAAUAUGGAGAAAUCAAGUAAACUAGAAGUUAUUAAACAGUCAGAUCAAAACUUUACAAGGUCAUUGGAGAAUUGUGUACAGUUUGGGAAUCCAUGUUUACUUGAAAAUGUAGGUGAGGAAUUAGAUCCUAUACUGGAACCUAUAUUACUGAAGCAGACAUUCAAACAGAGUGGUUUAGACUAUAUGAGGAUAGGUGACCAGGUGGUGGAAUACAGCAAGGACUUCAGGUUCUACAUUACAUCACGACUCCGGAACCCACAUUAUCUACCUGAAGUCUCUGUGAAGGUGACUUUGUUGAAUUUUAUGAUCACACCCCUGGGUUUAGAUGACCAGUUACUGGGUAUAGUUGCUGCCAAGGAGAAACCAGAACUGGAGGAAAAGAAGAACCAGCUCAUUCUAGAAAGUGCUCAUAAUAAACGACAACUUAAAGAGAUUGAGGAUAGGAUCCUAGAAGUUCUGUCUGAAUCGGAAGGUAACAUUUUGGAAGAUGAGACAGCUAUAGAGGUGUUAUCAUCCAGUAAGGUUCUGUCUUUGGAGAUCUCUGAGAAGGAGAAGAUAGCUUCACACACAGAGAAAGAGAUAGAUGAAGUCAGGAAUGGAUACAAACCUGUUGCUAAACAUGGCAGUAUUUUGUUUUUCACCAUCUCUGACUUGGCAAACAUAGAUCCCAUGUACCAGUAUUCUCUCACAUGGUUCAUCAACUUGUAUUUACAGUCAAUAAUCAACAGUGAACCAUCAGUGGUAUUAGAGGAGAGGAUUGGCAACUUGAACAACCAUUUCACAUACAGUAUAUACAAAAAUGUGUGUAGAUCCCUGUUUGAGAAGGACAAACUGCUCUUCUCCUUCAUACUCUGUAUUGGCAUAGCUAAAGCUGAAGGCACUAUAGAUGAUAUAGAAUGGAGGUUCUUACUGACAGGAGGUGUAGCCUUAGAGAAUCCCUUCCCCAACCCUGCCCCAGCAUGGCUGUCUGAGAAAUCAUGGUCAGAAAUAGUUAGGUGCUCCGAUCUUCAUGCAUUUAAAGGAUUUAUGGAUGAGUUCAGAGAGAAGUUAAGCCUCUGGAAGAAGGUGUAUGAUUCCCCAACCCCACAGUCAGAGAAACUUCCAGACCCCUGGCAGGCAAAACUGUCCAAACUACAGAAACUUAUUGUACUCAGAUGUCUCAGACCAGAUAAGAUGGUAUCAGCAAUACAGACAUAUAUUCAGGAAGCGAUGGGCCAGAAAUAUAUUGAACCUCCAACGUUUGACCUGUCACUGAGUUACGAAGAUUCCAACUCGGCCUCUCCUCUUAUAUUUGUUCUCUCACCUGGUGCAGAUCCUAUGGCAGGCCUUUUCAGAUUUGCAGAGGAAAAAGGUAUCAUAGCCCGCACACUUUCCCGCCAAACAACAAUUCAUAAUGGUGAAAGAUCUAAAUCCAAACUUAACAUUGACCUCAAUCCUAAACCUCCCUCGCUUGGAGUACCACAGGCAAAAGGACGAAUGACCGAGGCUGAUCGGCGUCGAAGAGUUUCCAGCAUAUUCGGGGCUGACUCUGCAGUCUUGGCCAAUCAGGAACGACUAGCGCGUAUGGGUAGCAAAGGAUUGCAGACGAUAUCUUUGGGUCAAGGUCAAGGUCCUAUAGCUGAGAAGAUGAUAAUGGAGGCUGUGGAAUUAGGGACCUGGGUUGUCUUACAGAACUGUCAUCUUGCUGCAUCAUGGCUUGGAGAACUUGAACGAAUAUGUGAAACUGUUAUCACUGAUUCGACAAAAACUAAAGAUUGUUUCCGCCUAUGGUUGACGAGCUACCCCUCUCCCGAUUUUCCAGUAUCUGUGUUGCAAAAUGGCGUCAAGAUGACAAAUGAACCUCCAGCAGGAUUAAGGGCAAACCUGUUGAGAUCCUAUCUGAAUGACCCUAUUUCUGACCCUGCCUUCUUUAAUUCAUGUAAUAAACCAAAGGUGUUUGAGAAGCUGUUGUUUGGUUUAUGCUUCUUUCAUGCUCUGGUUCAAGAGAGACGCAAGUUUGCUGCACUUGGUUGGAAUAUACCAUAUGAGUUUAACGAAUCCGAUCUACGCAUAUCAGUCAGACAACUUGAGAUGUUCAUCAAUGACUAUGACACGCCGCCUCUAGAAGCCCUGACGUAUCUGACAGGAGAAUGUAACUAUGGCGGCCGUGUUACAGAUGAUAUGGAUCGCCGGCUUAUCAUCAGUUUGCUCAAGAUUUUCUACUGUGAAGAUAUCAUAUACAAUGACAACUAUAAGUUCUCAGACAGCGGGACAUACUAUGCUCCUCCUAAUGGUUCAUACGACAACUAUGUCAGUUACAUCAGAAGUCUUCCAUUAAUUCCCCAUCCUGAGGUCUUUGGGCUACAUGAAAAUGCAGAUAUAACAAAGGACCAGAAAGAGACCCAACAGCUAUUUGAUGGUAUUCUCCUAACACUGCCACGACAGCCGAAGCAGAAUGACAGCUGGAGCAUAUACAAUGCUGCUAAAAUUACUGAAAAUAGCAAGAUUUUCAGAAAAUUGAGUGGUGGAGGGAAGUCUUCCCAAGAUGUUAUAGAGGAGCUUGCAAGUGACAUUCUGACCAAGAUACCCCCAGACUUCAACCUGGAGGAAAUACAGACGAAGUAUCCGGUACGAUACGAAGAGUCGAUGAAUACUGUACUGGUACAGGAGCUGAUUCGAUUCAACCGGCUGAUACAGGUUGUUCGUACUAGUCUACAGGACAUCAGGAAAGCUAUCAAGGGUUUGGUUCUUAUGUCCUCCGAAUUGGAGGACAUGUUUGAUAGCAUGAUGGUUGGCAAGGUGCCAGCAAUGUGGGCAGCUAAGUCGUAUCCUUCGUUGAAACCGUUGGGUAGUUACAUCACUGAUCUUCUAGCUAGAUUGCAAUUCUUCAAAGAAUGGGUAUAUGCAGGCAGUCCUAUCGUGAUGUGGAUAUCAGGCUUCUAUUUUACCCAGUCAUUCCUGACUGGUGUAUUGCAGAACUAUGCUAGAAGAUACCAGAUUCCUAUAGAUCAUCUUGGGUUUGAAUUUGAAGUAAUGGGUCAUGAUACCAGUAUGCCACAGAAACCGAAAAAUGGUGCGUAUAUCAGGGGCGUGUUUAUGGAGGGAGCCAGAUGGGACAAAGUGAAGAAAUGCAUUGAAGAAUCCCAGCCAAAGAUAUUGUACGAGACAGUGCCAGUUAUAUGGCUGAAGCCUGGUAAAUCAGCAGACUUUGAACACAAAGAAGAAUAUAGCUGCCCAAUUUAUAAGACAAGUGCGAGAAGAGGUGUUUUAUCCACAACUGGACACUCCACUAAUUGGGUGAUGAAUAUUAACCUACCAACAAAACAGCCUGAAAAUCACUGGAUCAACCGUGGUGUCGCGUGUCUUUGUCAGUUAGAUAAUUAAACAUAAACCUGUUGUGCAUCGCUAUUGCAUAUUCCAUGUAGUAACUUGGACAUUGAGACGCAUUGAACUGUAAAAUAAUUCUAGAAGAAACUCACAUGUCUCUCGAUGCAAGAAAACAUGAUGAAGUUUCUAUUUUACGUGUUGACGACAUCUCAUUCAGUAUUGUUUCAAAACAAACAUUAAUUAGGUGCCAAAAGCAUCAACAGUAGUGCCACCGAAAAGUGAUGCAAUUUGGUACAGCAAGUGUCACCAACACACUAAAUGAAUGGCCGUAUUGAUGAAUUAUUACAUGUCAAAAACAGCAAUUGCAGCGACACUUUUUGUUUCUGCGUAAUGUUAUGAAUCACUACGGGUUCGUAUUGAUAUCUCGUGUCAAAAACAAUUUGUAAUAACAUCAACUCGAGGGUUGGUCAAUGACUUUUAAAUACGGCCAUUUAAUGAUAGCCAACAGAAAUGAAAAUUUCGUGGAAACUUGACUCACAGAACAAGAGAGGAAGAAACAUUAUUAUCAUUAUUAUAGCAUUAUAGCAAGGUUAUGUUAUAUCCUAAAACGCCUUUACACGCGUAAAAACAAUACCAACACGUUAUAUUCAGUUUUACAUCUUUUUCAUACUUUCUGUCGUUUGAAUCUUCAGAUAUGAAUAAUUGAUAUAUAUAUUUUCAUUUGAUAACAGCUGUCUUCCGUUAUAUAAAAAGUAGUAUUAGUGAAUUAGAUUUACUGUUAUAAUGUUCUUAUGUUGCAACUAUAUAUAGUCAAAUAAUUUGUUAAUUUUUUAAUGCACAUUGAUUUUACCUGUGAUAUAGUUUUGAUGUAAUAUCAAAAGGCCGGUUUACAUGACUAUUACUGUCGGAGUCUUUUUUUCGUUCUCUACCAUUCUGAAGAUGUUUUUCUUAUUCUUUUAUGCUGAUAUUUUAGUGCAAUUAUUUUUACGUUGUUAUAUAUUUUAUAAUUAGAUUUAGAUAUUUCUUUAAUUGCCUGAUAUGAUGUGUUAAAAUCGUUAAACGUGCAUUUUAUCUAAUUUUAAAUGACAUUUUAGAUUUAUAUUUUAUUUCCUACUAAUCUGUGAUACUGUUCCAUUACUUUUAUUUCUACCUUAUACCAUACGUCCAAUUUAAUUUAUUAAGACUUGAUAUAUGUUAAAUUCUUGUAAAAACAACCGUUAUUUCACGUUAAUUGUUAUCAAGAUUAUGUAUGAUACUUUUACAGGUAAGUAUUUUUCAUAGAUAUUUUACUUUCAUAAAUAAAUGAUAGAUUUCAUCA